AUGCAACUCAAAUUUCUGUUUGCACCCUUGUGUUUGGUGCUCAUUCAAGCAAAUCUGCUUGUGGAUGCUGGUGCCCAAGAAUGUGCUGAACCUGGAAAGGUCUCGAUCCCAACAGAUUCUUUGAGCUUGCAUUUGUUUGUCCACAAGCACCAGACCAGAACUUCAAGCACUUUGGCAUGGGCAUGUGUUUCAUUAUGUUUCACCCUGCAGCUUGUUAUAUUAUAUAAGCAUAGUUUCUUUCACUGUGAGGGGACUCUUGCACAUCUUGUAAGAUUGGAUGAGAUCUACGAGGGCCAAUCAAAGAACGCCUCAUGGAUGUCUGGAAUCGAUGUGGUCACCGGCCAGCUGAAGACGCUAAAGGCCUCAGACCUGACCUAUGGAGAGAUUCUCCCUGAGGGCUUCUUGUCAAUUUUACAAUGUAUUGGCGCCAGAGCUGGCCAAAGGUUCUUUGACCUCGGCAGCGGAACUGGCAAAAUUGCUGUGCUUGCAUCACUCUUCGGUCUCAAUUCCACCGGCAUUGAACUUGUUCCAUCGAGAUGGGAAGCAUCUUGCAGAGUCGUGCAGAAGAUGAAUUCCCUUGGCAUCAGGCCUCCAAAGUUCAUAUACGGCAGCUUUGCGGACGUUGACUUCAGUGAUGCCGACCUGAUUUUCAUGAAUUCAGUGACUUAUCCUGAGGAUGUUUUGGAUGAAGUUGCGGCCAUGGCCAAAUGUUUGACUCCGACCGCCAAGAUCGUCACUGCAAAGACAUUACUUGGCCAUUUCGAAUUGACUGGCGCCUGCUGGGCCAACGUCUCCUGGAGCUCUGCGCCCUUUGAGUAUUCGGUGCAACAACUUCAAGAGGAUGGCAUUCGAGAAGGGAAGGGCAAGCUUACCUGGGCAGACGGCUCCAGCUACAAAGGAGAAUUCCAGCACAAUUGCAUUGAGGGAAAGGGCAAGAAGACCCUCCCUGAUGGCUCUUGGUUUGAGGGGCAGUUCCAUGACAGUGAACUGGAAGGUCGUGGAACAUUUCACUGGCCCGACGGAACUGAGUUUGAAGGCCUCUGGCACAAUAGCGAAAUUGUCGGCCCUGGAUGUCACAGGUUUCCAAAUGGCACCAUGAUCACUGGCGUCUUUGAAAACCACGGGGCCACCGGAGAGGGCACAAAGAAGUGGGCCAAUGGUUCCAUGUACACAGGCACUCUCCUCAACAACAGCAUCCACAAGUACGGAGUUUUCCAGUGGCCAGAUGGAAGACGGUACAUUGGCCAGUUCCAGGAUGAGAUGAUGCACGGUGAAGGCAUGCUGUGCUGGUCUGACGACUUUGGAGUCUGUCGCUACAAGGGAACCUUUGAGCACAACGUCUUCCAGGGCCAUGGCGUGCUGGAAUGGUCAGUCAAGGCUCGCUAUGUGGGUGAGUUUUUCAAUGGACUCUACCACGGUGAGGGUACGUUUGAGUGGCCAGACAAGGCAAAUGUUUACCGUGGCCAAUGGCAGUUUGGUGAGAUGAGCGGCAGGGGAACCCUCACUACGAGUUGUGGCUCCGUAUGCUCUGGCGAGUUUCACGCUGGAAACAUGGAGGGUAGAGGAACUAUCACCUUCAUCACCAAUGACCAGUACACGGGCGAGUUCAAGGAUUCCAUGUUCAAUGGCUUGGGCUGCUACACGUGGUCCUCCGGUGUUACUCUCACCGGUGUCUUUGAGAACAAUGUCUGCAGCAAGGUUGGGAAAAAGACCUACACCAAUGGCCUCAUAUAUGUUGGUGAGCUCUUUGAAGAUCAGGAGCAUGGCCGUGGUGUCCUAACUGACGCCAGUGGCACCAGGAUAGUUGGUGUGUGGAACAAUGGCAGGCUAGAAGAGGAGCUGGUGGAAAUGAUUGUUUCUGCUACAGAGGUAGAUCCCCGCGGCCCUCCAGAGCAGCGGGUCUUUGUCGCUUCUAGAAAGCCGGACGUGCAACCUGGAAUGCACAGACCUCAGAGUUUGGAAUGCCGAUUUGCUGGAUUCCUUGGACCGUGCUUUCUCUCUUCUUUCUUUGGCCCACACAGAGCAUGA